GUCGACGCUUUUGCACGACAUCUCUUCAUUGACUGGAAAACUCCGGUACAUUUUUUUGAAUGGUCAGGAGAUCAACAAACAGAUUAUUUCGUUGAAAGCCAGAAUUGAGGAGAUCAAUUCGGUGGAAAGUUAUAUUGAAAAAGCGUCGACAUCUUUUGUCGAAAAGUUCUCCACCUUUGAGGCAAUUGUGAACAAGAACAGCGAAUCCUACAACAAGUACAAGAAAGAAGUAGACCAGGUAAGUCUAAUGCAAUCAGAACGCCAAAGCCUCAAUGAGACUUGCGAAAAGCUUUGCAAUGAAUAUGAACAAUGCCUGCAAGAGCGCAAGUUAAAAAGGCUGGAAUUCGAUGAAAAAUCCAAAACAAUGCUUUCUUUGGUUGAUUAUCAGGCUACCAGAAAUGGCUCAAUAGAGAAGGCGACAUUAAAAAAGAAGCAAAUGGAAAAUUUGUGCUACACACUGCAAGCCCAAAGAAACAAUGCCACCAACCUGCUCAGAAAAUAUAAACACUGCAUGGAGGUUGAGGAUAUCCAAAAAUUGGGGCUUUAA